UGGACACCUCAAAGUGAUGGUGUGGGUGUGGCGCCUCCUGCUUGUGGUGGUGUGCCUGGUGUGUUGCGUCACGGUAACAGAAGGGAGAGGAGACGGACGAGAAGACAGCGGGGGAACAAGAGAGGAAGGUGGAGCAGCAGCGCAGAUAAUGAACAUUUUUGGAGUCGCAAGUGAAGAAGCAGCUCCGGUAUUCUCCUCCACACACAACCUAAACACCUCAUCACCAAGGAAACCCCGGUUAUGGUGGGCGUGGUGGCCUUUUAAAACCAGCACCAGCACUAACACCACCACCAGCACCACCUCGAGACCCAUCUCCAACCUCACCGCCAUUAGUCCCCCGAUCUCUGUAUCCUCGCCAUCCUCCAUAGUGGGCGUGUGUGGGCUGAGUGGACGUGUGGUGGGCGGGAAUGACGUGGAGGAGGGUGUGCUGCCAUGGGUUGUGGGCGUGAGGGACAAGAGGAACAUCACGUACUGUGGCGGAGCUCUCAUUUCUCCCAGACACGUGCUGACGGCUGCCCACUGCAUGGCUAGAGAUCUGAACAAGUUUCCUCUGCACGUAAGCCUAGGGGAGCACCGCGCCUUCCCGAGACACACUGUAAGGGUCGCCCACGCUCUCUACCACUCACACUUCGGUAAGACCUCCACAUUUGAUAGUGACAUCGGCGUGCUGCUGCUGGAGGAACGCAUAAACCCCUUCCCUGCAGCGCCAUGUCUUCCUGAAAUAGACAGGGAUGUGCCGGAGGGAGCAGCGGUGACGGUGGUGGGGUGGGGAGCUACCUCUGAAGACGGAAAUAUUAGCAGCGUACUCAAGGAGGCGAAGCUGGACGUGCUGCCGAAGGGGUCUUGCAUCGACGCUUACUCUUCAAGCUUCAUUCCUAGCAAGAUGAUCUGCGCGGGGAAGCUUAACGGAGCUGCUGAUGCUUGCCAGGGUGACUCUGGCGGCCCACUCAUCCAGCGAGGAGGAGGAGAGAUAGAAGAGGAUGAGGAGAAGGCAGCAUGGGUGGUGGUGGGCGUGGUGAGCUUCGGCAAUGGGUGUGGGCGUCCAGACUUCCCGGGCGCCUACACCAGAACCUCGGCUUUUCUUCCUUGGCUCAAGAAAGUUUUGCUCCUGUAUCCAUAAAUCAGGUUUCAGAUUUGA